CGCUCGGAGACUCGGGCCACCUUCCCAGCCCGCGGGCAGCGGGUUUCAUUAGCCGGGGCCACCAGGAGGCUCCGGAGGCUGCUCGGGGGCGGAGGCUGGGCUCGCUGCCUCUCGCUCUGCUCGGGGUCGGGGCUUCCCGGGUCAGACGCUGCCGCUGCCGCCUCCAUUGUCUGGGAGCCGGGAGCGGGACCGAGCAGCGGCUGCAGCGGGGGCUGUGCCGGGGAGGGACCUGCAUUAACCCCGCUCUGUGCCCAGCCCCUGGGGCAGCGCCGGGCUCUUCUCGCCCCAGCUCCCGAGCCGGAGCCUGCAGGGGAUGCAGAGACCCGGGGGACCGCGCUGGGGCCGGGAGAGGAAACAGCGCUGGGAGAUCUCUGGGGUCCUGGAGAAAAGCUCUAGCCAGGGGCACAGGGGGCUGGGUCCCCGCUGUCUGUCCCCCUCGGGCAGGGUCUCUGGGUCUGUCCCUGGGCUGGGCCUGAGCCGGACCCACUACGCAGCGGUUAGGGGGUGAAUGGGGUGAAGCCCUUUGAGAGCCCCCGAGGGAAAGCCCUAGAGAAGGGCAGGGCUGUGGCGGGGUGUUGGGUUUCCCACAGAAAAGGGGCACUGCCCCAAACCCAGCAAUGAAAGGGGUAAAACAGUGACACGUGCCUAUAAUUUAGCCCCCGAAUGUGACCCCAGCCAGGGCAGUGUCCUGGGUGCACACGGAUGCCCUUUGCACACUCAGAGGGGGAGAGGAGUGGCUGGAAAGUAACGGUGGGUGCAGAACUGUGGGUGUAAAUUCAAAGGCUGAUCCUGGCUCAAGCGAGUAAUAAAGUGACCAAGUGUUUGCCAAGCCUGGCAGAGUCUAGAUCCUCUGUCUGCAGGGAAAGAGGCUGGGGGUGGGGGUGGUAUUAGGGUGUGAAAUGAACCAAAGCCCCUUCUGAGACCUCCCCAAUUGCCCUUCUUGCCCUGACAGGCUGCAGAAUAACGUCGGUGUUUUGAUCCAGAUCACCCAUCCUCCCAGGGGACAGGGCAAGGAAAUGGCUGAAGUGGAACAAGCUCAGCAGGAUGCUGCCAGUGGAUCCCUAGAACAUUCCCUGAAUUUUGGAAUGGAUCGGCUGCAGUGUCCAACAGAUAUCGCAUCACAGACACAGGGAGAAAUCCCUUUGAGUGGGGCAGGUGACCUUCGAGGAGGUGGCUGUGUAUUUCACGGAGGAGGAGUGGGCUCUGCAGGACCCACUUCAGAGAAACCUCUACAUGGAUGUGAUGCAGGAGAAUUAUGAGAACAUGACCUUGCUGGGAUUUCCCAUUCCCAAACCUGAGGUGAUCUCCCAGCUGGAACAAGGGGAAGAACUGUGGGUCACAGAGCUACAGGCCUGUGUGGAAAGGGAGAUCCCGAGAAACUCCACCCCAGCAGGUGAGGGGUUGGUGGGUGAGAAUGAGGAGAAGAAUCCUGAACAGAAAGAUGCUGAGCAAGUAGAAUCGCAGGGGACCUUACCGGGAAUAUCUGAAGGUGAUGUUUCCCAGAGUCUGGUGCAAGGGGAUACCUGUGAGAGUCAGCCCAGACCAGAGAGGCUGCAGGAAGACCACCAAGGGGAGAGGCAGAAUAAAUCCACUCUCCGAGAUGGAAGUUUGAAUAACCUGAAUGAAACUGUGAUCCGCCCAAGGAUCUGCACUGAAGAAAAACCGCAUGAAGAUGCUGGAUGCAGGAAAAAUUUCAGUGAGAGUCCACACCUGAUCGUACAUCGAAGAAUCCACAAGGGGGAGAAAAUCUAUAAAUGCUUCGAGUGUGGGAAAAGCUUCAGUCGUAGCUCAAACCUCAUUGCGCAUCAGAGAGUCCAUACAGGAGAGAGACCCUAUAAAUGCCCAGAAUGUGGGAAAAGCUUCAGCCGCAGCUCAAACCUCAUUGCACAUCAGAGCGUCCAUACGGGAGAGAGACCCUAUAAAUGCCCCGAGUGUGGGAAAAGCUUCAGCCGCAGCUCACAUCUCAUUACACAUCAGAAAGUGCACAUGGGAGGGAGACCCUAUAGUUGCCUUGACUGCGGGUAAAGCUUCAGUUACAGCUCAGUCCCUAUUAAACAUCAGAGAACUGACACUCUAGGGAGACCUUAUGUGUGUUCUGUCUGUAGGAAAAGCUACAAGGCAAAGGUUCUCAAAUAUCCCACCAGAAACUGCACACAGGAUAGAAGGUGGUGGGAGCUCUCGCUGGGGGCAAAUGGGUCUGUGUCCUCCUGCAGCAAAGUGUAAAUGUGGAGGGUCUGGAUAGGAGUAGAAGGCAAGUGGAUCAUUUUGGUUUCAGUGGGGGAUGGUUCGUGUUGGCCAGGGACGAGGGAACUCUUGGUACUGAGGAGCUGGUCGUUUCAUGGUCGGAGGGAGCAGGUAAUGGGAUGAGUUGGGUGACAUUUCUGUGGGUUACACACACACUUUACAGUACAGAGAAGAGGUAAAAAUCCCUGGUCGCAGUUUGUGUCUGCCCCUCAUCUCUGCCCCUUGGGACGGAGAUAGGGGGACGUUAUUCAGGGAAGCAGUGAAGGGGGCCUGUGGGUCUGUAGAUAUAAAGCAGUGAGAGCUGCUGGUCUGAAGUGACAGGAUUUCAGAACAGGGCUCAGUGUACUGGCUAUCUCUACAGACAGUGAGGUGGGCUGGAGAUUGGGGAAUUCAUGGGGAGUUUCCUGAGGAGGUGAGACCUUUGGGAUAUUGCACUGUUGCUGUGCAGGCAGUAUGGUGUAAUAGUGAAAGCAGGGAGUUUAGGAAUCAGGACUCUGGGUGGGGAGUAGGGUCUAAUUACUCCUGGGGGAAUUCUGCACCAAAAAAUUAAAUGCCAAAAAAAUAAAAAUUCUGUGCACAAGAUUUUAAAAUUCUGCAAAUUUUAUUGGUCCAAAUAAAACUACAUAAUCAUGCCAGUUUCAAUUAUUUUAGUAAUUUAUUUCAAAAUACCUGUCAGCAAGUCUGUCUGUAGCAAUACAGACAUACACAAAAAUUCCCCCAGGAGUAGAGAGUUAAAGAAACCGUUAUGACAACCCAGUUCCUGUUUCUCUGCCCCCUCCAUCCCCCAGAGCCCAGCCGGGGGGCCAGACACCCACAACCCCUCCCCUCGAGAGCCCAGAUGUGCGUCCCCAGCCAAUACACCUAACCUGCCUACCUCUCCAGAGCCCAGCUGCGGGCCCUCCCCAGCCCACCAGGACCCAGCCGUGCCCCCCCAGCCCAGGCACCUGCCCCCUUCCCGCCCUCACAAAGCCCAGGGAUAAGCCUGAUGCUGGGUCCCAGGCUUGUGUGGCGGUUACUGCACUCCACCGCCUCCUUCCCUCAGGGCGUGCUGGGAAUUGCAGCUGCCAGGAACCCUCCAGCUCCCUCCUCCCCCCGCCCAGCAGUGUUGUCUCGGCUCUACUGGGUCCAGCAGCCCCUAGUGACGACCAGCAGCUCUGCAGCCCAUUUCUGUGGGGGAAAGGAAAUUCUGCGUGCACAUUACUUUCUGCAAAAUUCUGCAUUGUGCAAUGGCACAGAAUUCCCCCAGGAGUAAGUCUAAUGGGUUAGAGUAGGAAGGACAGUGAAACCUAUGAAUCUGCAGUCCUGCAUUCCAUUCCCAGCUCUGCUAAUGGUUACAUUUGUGACCUUCUACCAGCAGCCUGUCUCCUUUCCUGGCUUUCCCUGGUGGGAGACUGUUUUAGUAAGCCUAAGGGAAAGUUUUAGCUGGAUUCCUUUGUCCCUGUCUCCAUGCAGAGGCUCUGUUCAUGUUGUCACAUGCUGGGGUUAUUCCUGAAGGAACUGCCCUGGGAGGAUUUUUCUCCAUUUUCUGGAUGGUCAGGGAGACAAGAGGGUCUCGUGUUUCUGGAAAUGUGGGUUUCAGGAAAGUCUUUUUCUUGUUGACGUUUUUACCUCUGUUGGUUUCUGGUUUUUCAAAGAAAUGCUAAUAAAAUGUUGGCUGUGAUUCUCCCAUCA